GAAGUGCUCGGCGGUUUAGGGUUUAUGGCAGAGGAAAAACACGGACAAGCAACAAAUCCUCCUCAGGAGCAACCAAAUGAGGCCUUGCCUAGGUCAUACGAGCAGAGAAGCAGCAGAAAAACGAGUUGGCCUGAGCUGGUUGGUGAGAGUGCAGAAGAAGCAGAGAAGAAGAUAAAAGAGGAAAAAAGUGAGGUUGAAAUUCAAGUGGUGCCUCCUGGAUAUCUCGUCACAGCAGAUUUCAAACCCCAGAGAGUUCGAUUGUAUGUGGAUGGCUCUAACAAGAUCACAAGGACUCCGGGGAUCGGUUAAUAUCCAUCUGAUUUAGAGAGAGUUUCUUCAUGUGAAUGCAACAAACAGCUGUCUGUGUAUUAUGGUCCCAUCAUCUCCAACAGAGCACAUUAUGAUCUUAAUAAACUCGGUUUUAUUUUCGCUCUCAAAACUGUUUUUUCUUUUCUUCCUAUCCGAACCAUCACCUUCUCCCUCCCCUUCCUCUACACCUUCUUUUGGCGUUCUCUCUUCUAACUCCACCCUCACCCCUUCUUCCUCCUCUUCUAGCAGCUCCACCUCCCCCCUUUCUCUCCACCAAUUUGCUUAACCGGGUUGCUUUAUUUUAAUUGUUUUAUUUUAAUGUUUUCAGUAUCCACAGUUGAUCCAUAUUCUUCAGUUAAGUGUAUUCUGAACUCUCUGUGGUGCCUGUUUUACUCUUUCAGCUAUUAACAAUAAAAUAAAUAAAUUU